AUGGCAGCCAGCGCCUUGGAGCGCAGUCGCCGAGCGCGCCCCGGUGCCAGGGCGGCGGGGGCGGGCCGGGCCAGGGGCUCCCGCCUGCCCGCCGCCUCCCUCGGUCGCGCGGGGCCCGGGGGCGCGGAGCGCAAGGCCAGUGGGUCCCGCGACGGAGUGCCCCUGCCCCGCGAGGGCGGGCGGGGCCGCGGGGCGGGUGCGCGCGGGCGGCGAGCGCCCGGGGCGGCGAGCCCGCGGGGACGCGCACGCGGGGCUGCGGGGCGAGGCGCGGGGCCCGGGCGGCGAAUCCGCUGCUCGCGCCGCCCGCCCAGCCCGAGCGCGCCGGCCCCGGGCGGGGGGUGCGGAGGGGGAGCCCGGGAGGGGCGGCGCCCGGUCCUCACCCGCAGCGGGCACGGCUUCUUUGGUAUUCCGGGCGCGUCGGCAGCCCUGACCUCCCCGCGGAACGGGAGUGCCCGGGCGCGCGGGCACGGCCGCCGCCCCCGGGCGGUCUCCCCGGGGCUGCGGGGCCCGGCGGAGCCUGGCUUCCUCGGUCCCCUCCUCCCCGAGUCCCGCGUACCCCCUCCCCCGCCCCGAUCCGGCGGCGAAGGGCAUGCACCGGGCGCGCGGCGCGUCUGUGCCAAGCCGCCGCCGCAUUCGGCGCCCGGGCAGCGCCAGACGAGCGGCCGCGCGGGUCGGCCGGGCCCUCGCCGUCCCCCUCGCCCGCCCGGCGGCGCCCAUUGUGCCCCGGGCCCGCGCGGCCAGCCGUCCCCGCGCCCGCCCGACGGCCCGGCUCUGCGAGUUGGGGCCCGCGGCGCCCGCCGCGAGAUGCACGUGAACUUGGAGAAAGUCGCGGGGCGCGCCGGCCGGGCCCUCCGCAGCAGGGCGUGGGCGCCCCCGGGCCGGCGCGCUUUCGUUUUCGUCCGGGACAAAGGUCCCCGGCGGCGCCGGUGGCGGACGCGGUGGCCGGGUCCUGGGGACCACUCCUGGGCGCGGCGGGGCCGCUCGUACGGGGAAGCGGAGCCCGGAGGAGAGAAGCGGCUCGCGGCGCGGCGCGGGGGCCGCGGGGCCUGGGCCGGCCCGGAGCGUCGCGCCCUGCGAAGAGUUGCAGGAGCUCGCGCGGCCGUGGACACGGGCCGGAGGGCGCACCGAGGGCCGGGGCCCCGCGCGCAGCGCCGACCGCGGCCGGGCGCGCUGCUCCAGCAACGGCAGCUGCGGACCCGCGCGACGGCGUUCGGGGCGACCCGGCAGGGCGAUGCCGACGUGGCUCGGGACAGCGCCGGCCCAGCAGCGAGCUCCGGGUGGCUGCGUGGACGGCCGUGCGUUGGGCUUUUCUGGAAGCAACGUGGAGGCGGCCAUGACCAGCGCACCCCUGAGCCGGUGGGAGUCUGGCGUGCACUUGGAGCCCCGUCCCCAGGACCUGAGAGCCCAGGUCUCACCCCCUCUUCGUGGCCACUUCCCGGUGAUGCUGGAAGCCUGAGUGACUCCACCCGCAGGUCAGCCCCUCCCUCCUGGCUCCCACCCUUGCCGGGCGUGCCUGACUCUGGACACACAGGUAACACGUGUGUGCACGUGCACACAUAGGCACCCACGUGGGCCGCUGCAGGCUUCUUGCUCAUUUGCGUGGGCUCAGCAGGGUCCAUGCCGACCUUGGCUGCCACCGUCCGCCAGCCCCGCCCAAAGGCCAGGGUCCACGGAGAAGUUAGGGGCUUGCCCUGGUCUCACGGGGGGCUGGGCUGGGGCCUGCCUUUGUGGACUGAAGUUCCUGUGUGCGGGGCGGGGCAGCCAGGGUGGCCGGCUGGGCUGGUGGUCACGGGGCUGCUGGCCACAAACGCAGAUUCCCCUCGGGGCUGCCCAGCUGAAGGUGCCCCGCACGCCCUGCCGGUGAGGGCGGCCUCGUGGCUGUGCCGUGCUGGGAACUUGCUUGGCUGUUGCCAGGCUGGGCCCCUGCUCGCGCCUCGCCCCGUGAGCCAGGCCGCGGGGCAGCCACUGCGUGAUUGCAGCCUCCUGGGGAGUCAGUGGGAGGUGGGGUUGGGGCAGGCCCCACCGUCACCAGGACUGGAGCAGGCCACUCCCACGGCUGUGGAUAGGACCUGGGUUGCUGCGUGUGACCUGAGUGGCCAGUCUGCCCGGGCCAUGGCUCAGAAGUGGGGUGUGACCCAGCUGGGUCAGGGAGAAAGGACAGCGCAGAGCGCCCUGGAAACCGAGGGCGUGGCGUUGCCCUGGGGGACAUCCUGGCCAGAGGUGCGGCCGGGCCCAGGUGCUCGAGGGGCCUUGCCGAGGGGGUCCGGUUUGCGGAGCUGGUGCCUUCCCGCGGGACCCCCUCUCGCCCGCACACGGCUGCGGCACACGCAGUCUGCCCCACACGUGAGCCGCUGCUGGAAGUGAGACCCGAGGGGCAGCCUUGGCAGGCGCUGGAGCACAGACCGUGCCCUGGGCCCUCGGACCCACGUCCCGCGGGAGGCCGUGAGAGCAGGUCCCGGGAGCCUGGGUGGGCGUCCCUGAGGGGCUCCGGGUCAGGCGCUGGUGCCGUGUGUGCCUGGGCCCCGGCACCGCACGCUGCCCUGGCGUCAGCAGUAGGUGCCUCCCCGGGGCAGGCCACAUAGCUGCGCGCCCUCCGGCGGCCGUGGGGCCUCAUCACCCGUCUUGUCCUCCCACGGCAGGGGCUCGGCCGCAGGGGGACCUGCUCACCGUGGCCUGCAGCCUGGAGGGUGGCCGGGCAGCAGAGGCCCUCAGAGGGGACUGCAGCUUGGCCCGGGUCACUGACUCCACAUGUCUCUGCUGGACCCUCCCCCCAGCCUAGGAGGCGCCUCCGCCUCCGCCCCCUGCCCUCCCCAGGGCACUCGCCCCAGUGGGCGGGCACAGCAGGAGUGUGGGUUGGCGGGGUCCGCCCCUGCUGAGAGGCUGCUCCAGUGCCCACCCAGCUGGUGAGGAUGUGGGGACACAGGGUCCCGAGGCUCGGGGCAGGGGUGAUGGCCUGACCCCCACGGCAGAGCCACACAGAAGCCCGUGUGCUCCUUGGCCACACACAGGGGCUUUCCCUUUGCACCUGCGGUGCGGGGGCCAUGAGCGGCUGGGGAUGGGGCACUUUAUUUGCCAACAAAGAGCGGACAUUGUGGCUGCACUCUGGUCGCGUGGAGGGCCUGUGUGCGGCUGGGCUCCGGGAGGCGGGUGGCCGGCCACCCCUGGGGACCUCCCUGCUCUCUGCACCCGGACCGAGCCGCUUCUAAUGGACUCCCGCGGGCCAGGUGUUCCCUGCGUGCUGGGACCCGGGCCGAAGCCCCUCCCACAGGGACCCGUCUCCCAAUGCCCCAACCUGUGCAGAAGCAGGCCUGUAUGUGGGUGAACAUGGUCUCACUGUGGUGUACGGCCCGGGGCUCGCUGGGGCACUGUGGGGUGGGUCAAGGUCAGCCACCCAGGCCCCCGCUGACGUGCUGCUGGGGGCGCCCAGGCCGCCGUCCUGGGCCAUCCAGGGUGCCGAUCCCACCUGUUCCAGACAGGAGCUUGGUUCUCCCAGAUCAGGGAGUGGAAGUCUCACGGUGCCCAGCGCUUGACGCCAAAGGGGCAGUCGAGGGUGUGAGGUGUCGCCCCCGUGGCUGUCAGCGGGGGACGAGAGGCUACAGCGCCCUGCCAUGGAGGGGGGCAGCUCUGGCUCCUCCUAGAUGCCACAUGACCGCACCAGGUAAACGGCCCUGGGUCUCCGUUCUCCUGUCCCUAAGGCAUGGGCACCUCCCGUGCUGCUGUGUGACUGUGGGGAGGUAACUUAGCCCCUCUGUGCUGCCUUCUUGCACCUGAGGGUGGGGUUGUCAGCGGACCGAUGGGUCACCAGGCGUCAGGGGCUGAGGUUGGUGGCCAGCCACACCAGAGGUCCCCGGGCGGGAAUGUGGGCAGGUGGGGACACGAGUCACCCUGGGGUUGUCAGGGCAACCCCUGCCCUCCCUGCCGCCCCCGUGGAGCCAUGUGGCCCAGGGCUCCGAUCCCCCAGGCUGAGCCCUCCAGCGUGUCAGGAGUGCGCCCUGACCCUGUUGCCCCCAGCCCGGGCCUCAGUGCCGCCAUCUGCAGAGUGCUUGAGCUCCGGCUUUCUCUCACUGGCAGUGGCCACGUGGCUGGAGCCACGGCCCUGGAGCACGAGUGAGAUGCCGUGACGAUGCACGGCAGGCAGGGGCAGGGGCGUGCACAGGGCAGGCUCGACUGUGGAUGCCCAGGAGGGCGUGCGGCCGCCAUCCCUGGGGCCGGACCCCCGGCAGCCCCUUGACAGCCCUCCCUGCACCCACAAGGGUCCCUGGCCCACUGGUCCCUGGAGCACAAGAGGCUGCCCCUGCCCUGUCCCCCAGACAGCUCCCCUCCCCCCAGGACCACCCGAGCCCUGUGGGGGCUGGGGCAGCAGGAAGGUUCUGGAAACGGCCUGAUACCUUGCCCCUGGCCAGGCCCUCAGGGCCUCAGUGCCGGGCGGCGGCUGCUUCCAGACCGGAUGGGCCUCCCCCUCCCUGCCCGCGGUCCCGCCCUCCAGCUCCACUGCCUUUGUCUUCCCAGGGCUCCACAAAAUGGCCGCCCCGCCAUCCGCCAUUUUGUAGCUGAGGCAUGCUGCAGCCUGGUGGGGGAAGAAGUGGGGAGACCACUGGCCAGCGGCCUGGCCUGGGUAGCCGGGACAGAGCCAGCGCCAGCCCCCACCCCUGCCCGGCCUUGGCUGUCACUGUGCCGGGCUUGGCAUCAGGCCGUGGCUUGGCAAGGCUGGGCCAGGAGUCCUGGCCCCUCACCCAGCCCUGGCCACCCUGAGACGGCCCUGGCCGGCAGACAGAGCAGCCACGAUGAAGGCCCGGGCCGGCGUGGCCAGUUCCUGAAUGACGUCUGCUCCCAUGGACCUGGCUUCCCUGAGCCGCACCAAGCCAGGGCCGGGCUGGCGUUGGCACCCUCUGACCUGCUGGGCUCCCAGGCCAGGCUCCAGCCAGGAGCAGGCAACUCCAGGCCUCAGGAGCAGGGUGGGGGCUUCCUGGAGGAGGCUGCUGUCCCAUGGCCCCCCAGGGCCUGGCCCCGCUGUAGUUCUGGGUACAGAGUGGGGUGGGUGGUGCCUGCCCGCCCAGCUUGACGCUUGUGCAGCAGCCCCAGGUCCCUGAGGAGCCCCCAGCCUCCUCCCGAGCUGUCUGCUUGUCCGAUAGCCCCAGCCGGGGUCAGGGGUCAGAGCAGCAUGUUCAGAGGGGCCUGGGUACCACAGGGCAACCCCAGGACAUCCCCAGUGGCCAGGGAGCCCGCCUGGCUGUGGACCGUGGGACAGCCUGCUCUGCUGGGUGGCCUGACCCAGGAGCCCAGCGUGGGCUCUGCAAGGGUGGCUGGCGAGGCUGCCGUGGCCGGAGGUGGGGAACAGGCUGGGGAGAGACGCUCGCUUCGGAGGUGCGCACGCCGUUUCUCCCGGCAGCCCGAGCGGCCCUGGCCCUACACCCUCGGUGUGGCCUGUACGGCCCCUGGCCGCGGGAGAAAUGUAGAUGGACGGCAAGGGGUCUUGUCCUGCCUCUGUGGGCCCCCCGCCAAGCCCUUUGCAUCUGUGUGUCCCGCUCCAGGCCUGUCCAGACCUCUGUCUAUCCUUGGGGUCACCCCCCAGAGGCUGGCAGAGCCAAGGAAGGGGCCUCCCACCCGCCGAGGACAGCACUGCCCAUGCGCCCGGCCCAGAGCCUCCUGCACACGGCCGGGCAUGAGAGUCCCCUGCGUCCAGGGCAGGAGAAGCCCCCAGCAGAGGGGCCGGAAGGUGGGGCGCCCAGGACCGGAUUCAGGCUGGGCCGUUCUUUCUUUUUUUAUUUAUUUAUAUUUUUUUGACAGGCAGAGUAGACAGUGAGAGAGGAGACAGAGAGAAAGGUCUUCCUUUGCCGUUGGUUCACCCUCCAAUGGCCGCCGCGGCCGGCACGUUGCAGCCGGCGCACCGCGCUGAUCUGAAGGCAGGAGCCAGGAGCCAGGUGCUUCUCCUGGUCUCCCAUGGGGUGCAGGGCCCAAGCACCUGGGCCAUCCUCCACUGCACUCCCGGGCCACAGCAGAGAGCUGGCCUGGAAGAGGGGCAACCGGGACAGAAUCCGGCGCCCCGACGGGGACUAGAACAUGGUGUGCCAGUGCCGCAGGCGGAGGAUUAGCCUAGUGAGCCGCGGCGCCAGCCGGCUGUUCUUUCUUAAGGAUGAUUAUAUGUGUGUGAGGACAGAAUAUUUUCACGCCUUUGAGGACGAAGCUAUUGCCUGAUGGUAGCGGGGCAGAGAGGGGCUCCACCUCCCCAGCAGAACCGUUUUCCUAGCCCUGGACUGAGAGCCCCCCGCCCCACCACUAACCUGCCUGCCCUGCAGCCGCUGCCUCCCUACAGAGGUGCCUGGGGCUCACCACUGCUCACAGACACGGCAGGGGUCAGAGCCGUGGCCCGCGGCCCAUGGCCUGCUCAGACAACCCAGCUGCCCCAGACCUGUAGCUCCCUGGCCUCGGGGCCGGGGAUGACUCCUCUGGGCUUCAGAACUCCUGCACCCAGGGCAGUGCACAGCCCCCGCCCCUCCCCAGAGCUUGGAGGCUACAGGCGAGGAAGAAAGCUGGGAGCCAGCUGGGGUGUAGAGUCCUCACAGGGUGUAGACGUCCCGCAGUGAGUGGCCGUGUGAGGGGUGCCGGCGCUGGAAGGAACCCAGCUCCGAGACUUCUGGAUUCCAGGUCUGGUUUGGCUCCCGCAUGCCCAUGGCAAGGUUUUGGGGGCCGUGGCCAGGAUAGUGAAGCCCUGCCCAGCCGGAGGCCGGACGGCCCCUUUUCGUUUCGGUUCCGUAUCUUUAUGUUGUGGGCUGUCUUUUGUUGCUGUUGCAUCAUCAUCAUUUUAUAAACGCGUGUGGAGGUGUCGCCUCGAUGGCUGACUGCUUAGGUUUUGCUCCCCCACCCGUGUGGUGGGCACGGCCGCCCCGGGCCGCCGCUAACUUCAUGGGCCGCGUUCGCGGGGCACCGCCCCCGGCCCCCGAUGCCACCCUCCUGCUGCUUUCCCAGACUCCAUUGUUGGCACGGCCUGCUGAACAGAAACACUGGCUGCUUUAUGGGGGGAACCUAAUCAGACCAGCGGGGGGGAGGGGGGGGCGGCUCCCGGUGGCCCCGAGCCAAGCCCAGGGCGACUUCGGGUGACACCGUCUGUCUGCCUUGCUCGCUCCAGACAUCCGCCUGGCCCUGAAAGGGCCACCUGCCCACCGAGGCCUCCCACACACCUGUCCCUGGCUCCUCCCCCACCCGGGCCUGCCCGGCACCCUGCCCACGGGCAGACUCGGCAGGGCCGGGCGGUGGCAGAUGGCAGACGGCAGGGCGGCUUUGCUCGGGAGCGCCAUUCAUGCUGCGCCCGGCCCUUGUCCAGGCCGGCUGGGAAGGGUCCCUCGGGUCUGUCUCGGGACAGAAAGGGGAGGGCUCUGCGUCCCGACGCCCGGUGGCCUGAGGUCACCCCGACACGCACAGCCAGGGCCCGUUCCGCACCAGCUCAGAAGCUGCUCUGCCACCGUGUCACAGCCCCCCACCCCUCACCCCGCAUUAGAACCCGGCUGUGGCUCCCACGUGGGGAGACCGCGGGGCGGGCGGUGCACCUGUCCUGGGUGCACUGCCCCGCCACUGUGGGGCUGUGAGCGAUGGAGGGGGGAUGUGUCCCGGGGACCUCCUGCUAUCUGGGUCCCAGUUCCGGUGACCGAGGUGGGUCCAGAGCUGAGCAACACAGCGCGGGGAGCACGAGAAAUGGGGCAGAGGCUGCUGGCAGACGGCGGGAGGGGGCGGGGAGGCCAGAGGGGGAGCUGGAGCUGGCAGGGGUGUGGUGGGCAGGUGUCCCACGUGAUGGACAGCCCAGCACUCAGGGACAAGAGCAGCAGGGUGCCGACCUCAUGUCCUGACCAGACCCAGUGGACGGGGCUUCCUGGCCUUGUUAGUGGGCAGGGACACUGAGGCUCGGAGGGUGUCACCGUGGGCGGGCUCUGGCAGCUGGGGGGGUGGGCGGCCAGGGGCUCCCCUCCGAGACCACGCCCACCCUUCCGUCUCCUCCAUCUUCCCGCCCUGCACUGCUCCCAGAGGCACGUGGCCGCAGUGGCUCCGUGGGAUCUGUUGAGCGACAGGCCCAGAGCCGGGUUCUGUGCGCCCGGUCCCGGUCCUGGUCCUGGUCCCAGUCCUGGUGACAGCCGGCGGUCCCUUCCUGCCACGCGCUCCCCUCUGGGCUCUGGGUGCUCUGGAGAACCAGGCCUGGGUGCUGUCCUGGCGCCGUCCAGCGUGGGCUGAGGCACGGGCUGGUGGAGGAGGCCCAGCGAGGGCCCGGGCGGCUGCGGGCUCAGAUGGCGUUGACGCCUGUCGCCUGUGCUUCUCAAAGCAGGUCAGGAAGUGGCGGCGAGGAAGGAGUGCUGGUGGUGGCUGGCCUGCCCAGGGUGAGCUGGGGCCCGAGGUCCUCCCCUGGCCAGUGCGUAGCCGGGACAGCUGUGGUCAGGCUCAGGGGUGACCUAAUGGGGACGCCCAGUUCCUCUGCCAAACCCUUGCUGAAGCCGCACCUCUCCCUGACUUCUGCCCACUUCUAGCAGGCUCCAGAAGUGCCAGCCACCUCAUCUGCUGCCAUGCAUGUGUGUCGUGGUGACCGCUGGCCCCGGUUCGCCCCGACCUCCCCCGUCAGACAUGGUUGAUUGAAGAGUAGUCUGGUGAUGGAGGAGGCGGAGCCCCGCCUGAGGCUGUCCCUGGGCUCACGGCCACGUGUGCCUGCCCACUCUCUGGGGACGGGAGCCCCCCUUUGCUGUACCCUGCCAUCAGUCAGCCUCUGAGUGCACCCCACUGAGCAGGGAGCGACCUAAGAAGCCACACAGCUGACCAGUGGGCCUAGCGUUGAACCCCAACAAAGAGCACGUGAGGGAAACUGAGGCACAACGGCUCCUGGGGUGGGCCAGGCCCCAGGGUGAUCCAGGAGCCUGCCUCUGCCCCCUCCUCUCUCUCUCCUGGGCUGGGGUCCUCUGGUUGCUGCUGCAGGCUCUGGGGUGGAGCCAGGGCACGGGGAGGGGGUGGGGGGAAGGGAACAGUGGGUGUGGCUGCUUGGACUGCUGAUCAAGGGGCAGAGCUCCUGCCCCCCACCUUGAGGAAGCCACAGCCCGCAGGGUGCUCAGCGCCAUCUGCUGGCUGUUCUGCCCCAUGCCACCCGAGGGACCUGGUAGAGGGUGUGCCCAGCCCCCUCCCCCCAACUCCGACUCCCUCAAGCACUUCCCAGGGGCUCAAGCCCUGGUCGGAGAACCAGUGUCCUCUGUGUGGUGCGCAGGGUGACAACAGCUGGUCACUGCGCAGGUGGCACCAGGAGACUCAGGACCCUCAGCCACCCUGCCCUGCCUCUGGCCCCGCCGGGACAAGCCUUGGGGGCACUUGGGUCCUGUCCGCCGGAGUUGAGGCCAAGGAACAGGAUCAGAACCUCUGUUUACGCUUCCUUAUGGGUGGCCGCGGCCACGGACAGUGCACCACAGCCCCCAGGUCCGGGACGGUGCUCGUCCCUUCCCGGGGGGGCUCCCAGGGAGCAGGAGCUGCCCCGUGCACUGGGCAAGGCCACAGCCGCCUCCCCUACCCCGAUUGCCGCUGAGAGCAAAGCCCCCGGGCCAGCCGCUCACCUUCCUUGCUAUGGAUGGGACCGGUGGUCUGGCCUCCCUGGGCGGGCACUGAAUGGCACUGCCCGUCUGAGGGCUCAGAGCGUGGCACUGCCUUGCUGGGCAGGAACGAGAUGCCGUGAUGCCAGAAGGUCAGGGCCAUGGUCUCCUGGCCUGAAGGUAGCCCUUACCCCUCAGCCUCUCCCAGCUGCCAGGGAGGUGCUGUGUCUGCCUGUCCGUCUUCCUGCUGCCCAGCUAGCCGGUGCGGCCCCAGGUCCCGCCCACUCUCCUUUCCUAGAGCCUCAGUCCCCCACCACGCUAGGAGAGGUGGGAGCUGCCCCGGCCACUCCCCCUGGGGGGCCAGGUUCCCUUCCAGAAGCAUCCUGCAGCACCCCCCAGCUGUGGUCAGCUCGGGCCUGGACCUGGGCUUGUGGGAGGUGAGGGAGAGAAGCACGCCCGUGGCCACUAGCAGGCGGAGGGGCGCGGCCAGGCGGAUGCUUAGCGCGGCCGGACAUGUGCUGGCCAUCGGCAGGUGCCAGCCCCUGCCCAGUGUCUCCGGUCCGGGAGCCCCUUGGAGGCCGCGGCCACUCCUGUGCACAUGGCACAGGACACAUGUGUGUGUCCCAGGCGGCCGCCUGCUCCCCGGCUCCGUGGUCUCCUGCAGGUCUCCUGGUGGCGGCAGCUGGAGAGGAGUUUGCUGUUCCCAGGGCCCUAGCUGCCCCCACCCCCUCCACCUGCUGGAGCCCCCGUGCCCUGAGCUCGCCCCCUCCCUCCAGGAGGCGUCUCCAGAAGCCACGAAGCCAUCUCGGCGUGAGACUGACCGCCCUUUGGGGUGAGGUAGUAGGUUGUAUAGUUUGGGGCUCCGCCCUGCUAUGGGAUAACUAUACAAUCUACUGUCUUUCCUGAAGUGGUGUGAUAUCUGCGGUGGACGGCGUCCAGGACCCCGGCGCAGGAGGGCAGCUUGGCCUGGGAGGGGGCCGAAGCUGGGCCGGCCUGGCAGGGUCUGCUGCCGUGAGCCCUCGCUGGGCCUGUCUCUUCAUCGGUAAAGUGGGGCAAGUGUGUGACAUGUCCAGGCUAACAUUGCCCACUGCCUCCACCAGGUCCAGGCUGUACACCGGGGAGGCGGCCAGGGGGCGAGGAGUGUCCACUCCAGAUGCUGGCCUGUGCCCUAGCCCGUCCCCCUCUGGUCACCUCCACCCGAGGAGAGAAGUGGCCCCGAGCCUCCUGUGGCACAGCACGGCAGAGCCCGCCGGUGGCUGGGGGUGGGUGCCGCUGAGACGCCAUCUCCACUUUCCCUCCCGCCCUGCGCCUGCCCGGCCUCGAGCUGUGGCGGCCGAGGCCCCGGGCAGGCAGGGCUGGGCACAGGCGGUGCGGGCACCUCGGGG